AUGUCGCUGGCCAGGUCGACUCGUGGCGCUCAGGCGCUGUUCCGUGCUGCUCAGCGGGCAACCCGGCCGCAAGCUGCUUCGCCCUUUCUCGCAAGAUCCUACGCAACCGUCGAGUCCGACAUCUUCAAGCCUACGAAAUACGGGGGGAAAUACACGGUGACGUUGAUUCCUGGUGACGGUAUCGGUGCCGAAGUUGCCGAAGCAGUCAAGACCAUUUUCAAGGCCGACAAUGUCCCCAUUGAAUGGGAGCAAGUCGAUGUGUCGGGUGUCGACACGGGAGACAAGCACUCGGAAGACCUCUUCAAGGAAUCAAUAGCGUCGCUGAGACGGAACAAGCUUGGGUUGAAAGGUAUCCUACACACCCCCAUCGAGAGAUCGGGCCACCAAUCCUUCAACGUGGCGCUGCGACAAGAACUCGACAUCUACGCUUCGGUGGUUUUGGUCAAGAACAUUCCUGGACUGGUGACUCGACACAAGAACGUCGAUCUGUGCAUUGUGCGUGAGAACACCGAGGGCGAGUACUCUGGUCUGGAGCACCAGUCGGUGCAGGGAGUGGUCGAGUCCUUGAAGAUCAUCACCCGGGCCAAAUCGGAGCGGAUUGCCAAAUUUGCCUUUUCGUUUGCGCUGGCAAACAACAGAAAGAAGGUGACUUGUAUCCACAAGGCCAACAUUAUGAAACUGGCAGAUGGCCUGUUCCGGAACACGGUCAAGAAGGUCGGGGAAGAUUAUCCCAGCUUGGAGGUGAACGAUAUGAUUGUCGACAAUGCUUCCAUGCAAGCCGUGUCGCGACCUCAACAGUUUGAUGUGAUGGUCAUGCCCAAUUUGUACGGAGGUAUUCUUACGAACAUCGCUGCGGCGCUUGUGGGUGGUCCGGGCGUCGUACCUGGUUGCAACAUGGGGCGGGACGUUGCGGUGUUUGAGCCUGGGUGCCGACACGUUGGUCUCGACAUCCAGGGUAAAGACCAAGCAAACCCCACAGCUCUUUUGUUGUCGGGCACCAUGCUUCUCCGACAUUUGGGUCUUGACGAGCAUGCCAACCGUAUCUCACGGGCAGUGUACGAUGUGAUUGCCGACGGCAAGGUGCGCACUCGAGACAUGGGUGGUGAUGCUACGACGCACGAAUUUGUCAGGACCAUUCUGGACAAGAUGGAGGCUGAACUGUAA